AUGAAAGACGACAAAAUAUCGGAACCGGUAAUAUUUGCACAAGACUUCGAUCUCGAAAAGCAAAUUGAGCAUUUAAAAAUUUUGGAAGUAUUAAAACACGAAUUUGAGAAGAAGCUCCAUAUUAACACGUUUUGUAAGAAAUCUGUAAUAGAUUUCGAUAUCAUAAAGACUAUUGGUGAAGGAACAUUCUCAGUAGUGUAUUUAGUUCGUGAUACCGACAAUUUUGAAUACCAUGCGAUGAAGGCGGUUGAUAAAAGACUGAUAAUCCAGAAACAGUGUGUAAAACAUCUGUAUACGGAAAAAAAUAUCUUACAGAGCAUAAAAUUUCCAUUUUUAAUGACUUUGAAUUAUGGCUUUAAAGAUAAUGUCUAUGUUUACUUUUUGUUACCUUAUCAACCAGGUGGAGAAAUGUUUAGUCUGUUGAAGAAAUUUGGAUGUAUAUCGGAGGAUUUGAUGAAAUUUUAUGCAGCUCAAUUGGUUUUAGCUUUGGAAUAUCUUCACUAUUGUAGUGUGAUACACAGAAAUGUGAAACCCGAAAAUAUUGUAAUUAGCGCGAAUGGAUAUAUAAAGUUAAUUGAUUUUGGUUUUGCUAAAAUUAUUAAAAGUAGAACGUGGACAAUUUGUGGGACUCCUGAAUAUUUGGCACCAGAAAUGAUAUUAUCUAAAGGAUACUCGUUUCCUGUGGACUGGUGGGCACUUGGGGUGCUUAUUUAUGAAAUGUGUGCCGGCUACCCGCCUUUUUGUAGUGGGGAUCCCAUUACAUUGUAUGAAAAGAUUGUUGAAGGCAGAUUUAAAACACCACCAACAAUGUCUAAUGAGUGCAAAUUUUUGUUGAAACAUCUCUUACAAGUAGACCCCACUGCACGUCUGUGUUCAAACUUAUCGAAGGUGUAUGAAAUAAAAACCAACGUUUGGUUUUCUGACAUAAAAUGGCGUGCGCUCCUUCUUAAUAAAACAGUACCACCUUAUAAGCCUGAAGUUAAAAACCCUGGAGACACCAGUAAUUUUCGAGAUUUUCCAGAAAAAUUGCUUGUUUCAUCUCCAGAUUGCCUUUACCCGGAUGAAUUUGAAGACUUUUAG